CUAAACAGAUCGAUCGCGGAUGGUAACUAAUAAACAAACUAGAUAUUAACCUUAUAUAUUAGAAAUGGAUCGUAAACGUAAAAAUAAGCAAAGUAAUUUCUCAAUACUUGUAACGGGUUCGUCAGGCUGUGGAAAAACAAGCUUGAUCAAUCGCUUUAUUAAAGAUGCCUUCAAUGAAGAACAUAUAUCAACACAAUACAUGGACACCAAGUCAUAUGUUGCUCAAGUAAACGGAAAACCAAUUCCUGUACAGAUCUCUGACACAGAUGGAGAUAGAAAUUACGAGGGUUAUUCUAUCAAUUACUAUGCUGAGAUGGAUGCAACUAUUAUCAUCUAUGAUAUUUCCAAACAGGAAUCUUUAGAGAAUGUGACGGAAAUUUGUGAACGAUGGAGAAGAUAUAAUUCCUUUAAAACGAAACCUGUUGCUAUUCUUGUAGGAAACAAAUCUGACAUGAAGCGUGAAAUUAACAAAAAAGACGUGGAGAUUUUUGCUGAAAAGGAAAAUUUACUUCACAUAGAAACAAGCGCAAAAUUAAAUGAAAACGUAACCGAAAUGUUCAUGUCAGUAAUCAAACGUCUUAUAAAAAAUGGCGGUGAUGAUAAUGUUGAUGAUGAUGAUGUUGAUGAUGUUGAUAGUGACCCUGGUAAUAAAUUUUCACAAGACCACCUUGCUUUAAGAAAAGGAUAUUCAAGUAUCAAUCUGCACACUGGUACUGUACCUACAACCUCAAAGAAAAAUAGCGGCUGCAGUUGUGUUAUAAGUUAACAGAUUAACUAGCAAACAUUCGGAAAACUGGAGACAGUGUCUGUCUUCAAUACUAAUGGCAAUUGUGAACAUACCUCAAUUAUUAACUAUAAUACCCAAUCUCCGGCGCAGAGCUCACAUCUGUUCCGUACUUACUUCGUAUCACUACACUGAGUCAUUAUAUGGUAGUGCACUGAGUAUACGGAACGGAAACGAGCGCUGUACGGAGAUUGUAUCAUACCUCGAGGAAAUGAAUUGAAUAUGUUAUCGUUUUAAGUUAUACACUAGCAGGAGUAGAAAACAAAAUAAUGGCAAAUGUCAAAAGUUCUAAAAAAAACGUAAUAUUCAAAUCAAUCUCUUUUGUCAUUGUUCCAUAAGAAGUUAACAUAUCAAAACUAGCAUGCAAUGAAAAUUGGCCAUACAUUUGUAUUAUAUGUAUUUAAAAUAUGAAAACACAAAUUAAUUAACUGCUUUAUUUUUCUAUUUAAUUAAUCAAUAUGAGCUCAAAUAGCUAUUAUCCUGUUCUCAUGAUUCUUAUGCUAUCGACAUGACACUAAUAAUGAUUCUAAAAAUAAAACUUAUUCUACUCAGGGUAAUAAACACAUUAAUUUUCUAGAUA